AUGGAGAAACCACAAAAAAUUCCAAAAGUCGCCAAGGUGAAAAAUAAAGCACCCGCGGAGAUUCAAAUCACUGCUGAGCAACUGUUAAGAGAAGCGAAGGAGCGUGAUCUUGAAAUUGUACCACCCCCUCCCAAACAAAAAAUCUCUGAUCCAAUAGAAUUAAGAGAUUAUCAACAUAGAAAACGACGUGCUUUUGAGGAUAAUAUUCGAAGAAAUCGUACAAAUAUAAGUAAUUGGAUAAAAUACGCUGCUUGGGAAGAGAGUCAGAAAGAAAUCCAAAGGGCACGAUCAAUCUACGAAAGAGCAUUAGACACAGACCACCGAAAUAUAACACUAUGGCUAAAAUACGCCGAACUAGAAAUGAGACAUCGACAAGUGAUGCAUGCCAGAAAUCUUUGGGAUCGUGCUGUUGUCAUCAUGCCUCGUGCAAAUCAAUUUUGGUACAAAUACACAUAUAUGGAAGAGAUGUUGGGAAAUGUUGCAGGAGCUAGAGCAGUAUUUGAACGAUGGAUGGAAUGGGAACCUCCAGAACAAGCUUGGUUGACUUAUAUAAAAUUUGAAUUGCGUUACCAUGAAGUGGAUCGUGCAAGGAAAAUCUAUAGUAAUUUUGUUAUGGUACAUCCAGAUGUCACAAACUGGAUAAGAUAUGCUAGAUUUGAAGAACAAAAUGGCUUUAUUGCCGGAGGAAGAAGUGUAUUUGAAAAAGCAGUUGAAUUUUUUGGUGAUGAUCAUAUCAGUGAAAAUUUGUUUAUUGCAUUUGCAAGAUUUGAAGAACGACAAAAAGAACAUGAACGUGUAAGAGUAAUUUAUAAAUAUGCUUUGGAUCAUGUUCCUAAAGACAGAUGUCAUGAUAUUUAUAAAGCAUACACAAUACAUGAAAAAAAAUUUGGUGAUCGGACUGCAAUUGAAAGUGUCAUUAGUAGUAAAAGAAAACUACAAUAUGAACAAGAAGUAAAAGGUAAUCCUACAAAUUACGAUGCUUGGUUUGAUUAUUUGAAAUUAGUAGAGAGUGAAGGAAAUUUAGAAGUCAUUCGAGAUACAUAUGAACGAGCAGUUGCCAAUAUACCCCCUUCCAAUGAAAAACAUGCAUGGCGUCGAUAUGUUUAUUUAUGGAUAAAUUAUGCUUUGUUUGAAGAGCUAGAAGCUGAAGAUGAAGAGCGUACACGUGAUGUUUAUCAGACAUUUAUUUCUACUAUACCUCAUAAAAUAUUUACAUUUUCAAAAGCUUGGCUAUAUUAUGCUCAAUUUGAAAUACGUCAUAAAAAUUUAACUGCCGCAAGAAAGCGAAUGGGUGUUGCAUUAGGUUUAUGUCCCAGAGAUAAACUGUUUAGAGGCUAUAUUGAUUUAGAAAUACAACUUAGAGAAUUUGAAAGAUGCCGUAUACUAUAUGAAAAGUAUUUAGAAUUUGGAUCUGAAAAUUGUGUCACUUGGAUUCGAUUUGCAGAAUUAGAAACAGUAUUGGGUGAUAUAGAUCGUGCUAGAGCUAUUUAUGAAUUAGCUGUAAACCAACAACGAUUAGAUAUGCCAGAAGUUCUAUGGAAAUCGUUCAUCGAUUUUGAGACUUUACAAGGGGAAACAGAAAAAGCUAGAAAGUUAUAUGAAAGACUUCUCGAAAGAACCAAUCAUUUCAAAGUGUGGAUGAGUUAUGCACAAUUUGAAGCUACUUCAGAAGAGGAAGGUAUCGAUAGUGUAUCAGUAGCAAGAAGAGUAUUUGAAAGAGGUAAUGAAGCACUACGAAGAGGUGGUACACCUGAAGAAAGAGAAGGAAUUUUACAAGCAUGGUUUAAAUUUGAAGAAGAAAACGGAGAUGAAGAUAGUAAAACUAAAGUUAAAAAUAUGUUGCCCAAGAGGAUUAAAAAACGAGUGCCUUAUACUUCCGAAAGUGGAAGGGACAAAGGAUGGGAAGAAAAAAUAGACUAUAUUUUCCCAGAGGAUGAUGCUGCGAGACCAAACCUUAAGCUUCUAGAAACUGCUAAAGCUUGGAAGAAAAGGAAAUUAGAAGAAAUGUAA